CGAGCCGCGUGUUGCGGUCGCUGUGUUUAUUUGCGUCGUGUUAAUUGCCGUCUCGUGUAAAUCUUCGGUGAAAAGUUCAUAUAAUUUCGAUUCAUUUAACUUGGCGUACAUCUCCACCUGCAAAAGACCAUCAAAAUGCCGAAAGUGAGCUCCCGGUCGGGGCCACCCCGAAAGAUGUCGCUGAACAAAUCGACACACUCGAUGAACCCGGACCGGCCUACCGAAGGUCUCAAGGGGGUGGCUAAACCGCGUACGAAAGCAACCAUCAAGCGGUUGCAGAUGUACCGGAACUUUAAGGCAAAACGCGAUCGCAGAGGAAAAAUCAUUACCCCAGCACCGUUCCAAGGGUGGGUUAACAGCGGUACGGUGGCGCGUGUCGAACCGUCCCCGAAGUGGUUUGCCAAUUCACGUGUCAUCUCGCAAAAAUCGCUUCAAAAGUUUCAGGAAGAGAUGGGCAAAGCGGUGAAGGACCCGUACAAGGUAAUCAUGAAGCCUACCAACCUGCCUAUUACGCUUCUCAACGAAUCGGCCCGUUACCAACGGGUGCAUCUGCUAGACACGGAAAGUUACGAAACGGUUUUCGGCAAGAAAAAGCUACGAAAGCGACCAACGCUGAAGGUGCGAGAUUUGGAGGAUCUAACGAAGACUGCAGAGGAAUCGGCCGAAAAGUACGACGAGUCGAAAGAUCACGAUAUCGAGCGUGACGACGGUGGUGUGAAGGAUGCGGUAAGGGAAUACAUUUUUGCUGCCGGUCAAAGCAAGCGUAUCUGGAACGAGCUGCACAAAGUGGUAGAUUCGGCAGACGUGCUGCUGCAGGUGCUAGAUGCACGCGAUCCAAUGGGCACCCGAUCUAAGUACAUCGAGAAUUUCCUGCGUAAGGAGAAACCACACAAGCAUCUGUUCUUCAUCCUGAACAAGGUCGAUCUGGUGCCGAUUUGGGUGACGCAGCGUUGGGUGGCCAUACUCAGCAAGGAGUAUCCGACGAUCGCUUUUCACGCUUCCCUGACGCAUCCGUUCGGCAAGGGUGCGUUGAUCAAUCUGUUGCGACAGAUCGGCAAGCUGCACGUGGACAAGAAACAGAUCAGUGUGGGCUUCAUUGGUUACCCGAACGUAGGCAAAUCGUCCGUCAUUAAUGCACUGCGAAGCAAGAAAGUGUGCAAAGUUGCCCCGAUUGCGGGCGAAACAAAGGUGUGGCAAUAUAUUACGCUGAUGAAACGUAUUUUCCUGAUCGAUUGUCCCGGUGUGGUGUACCCGACGGCCGAAACCGACACUGAGAAGGUGCUGAAGGCCGUGGUACGUGUCGAGCUGGUCAACAAUCCGGAAGACUACAUCGAGGAAGUGUUGAAUCGCAUCCGCAAAGAGUACAUCGUGAAGACGUACGGUGUGUCGGAGUGGACUGAUCAUAUCGAUUUCCUCGAACAGAUCGCCCGCAAAAUGGGAAAACUACUAAAGAAAGGUGAACCGGACGUAACGACCGUUGCCAAGAUGAUACUGAACGAUUGGCAACGUGGUCGGUUACCGUUUUACGUUGCACCGGAAGGUUUCGAAGUACCAAAAUCGUUCCACGAGCAGCAACGGAAUCACCCGGAACAGGUGCCGACGGCGGAGCAGAACGACAUGAACCAAACGGUACAGGGUGACGAUGAUCAGAAGAGUACAUAUUCCGGUGUAACGGCGACCCCGACGAUCCCCGACACGGUAAAGAAGGGCCGCGAACUGUUCCAGAUACAGGACUUCCGGAAAAUUAAAGUUAACCUGGAGUUCGAAAGCGAGGACGUUCGUGAAAUCGAUAAGAUCGAUCUGGAGCUGCUGGAGAAAUUGAAGGAAGAGAAGAAAGCGGAAGCUAAAGCGAAGAGAGCGAACCGUAAGAAAGCUGCCACGGGUGAAGAAGAUGAAGAUUCGUCUGGCAUUAGCGAUUUCUACUCGGAAGAUGAAUAUGAUGAAGCGCAGGGCAGGGUGGUGCAUCGUAGCGCCAAGGAGAAGGGAUCACUCAGCAAGAAGAAGCAGCAGCCAGAGAAGGAGACUGUCGAUGCUUCCGAAACGAUGGACGAACCGGAAACGAGCAACAAAAAGGUCGCCAAACUUACCUCCAAGCAGAAGCGUGCGAUUGAGCGUGCAAACAAGCGGAAGAAGAUUGGCAGCAACUUUUACGAAACGCACAACGUUAAAAAUCGUAAUCGGAAUAAGAAGGCGAAAACGGAUGAUUAAGCGCAUCGGGAAUUGUUGGUCUGCUUAUUGAUUUCCUUCUAUUCUUAUCCUUUUCAUUUAGACUGUUGCGCUUUAUAUACAAUAAAAAUGUAAUCAAUUGGUGA